GUGGCCAUGCGGCUGCGCGCCCUGACCCCGGGGCCUUCCGGGGGGUUCGCGCGCGGGGUCCGGGCGCGCCGGCGCCGGCGCCAGCCAGAAGAAUUAACCGCGAGUCUGCACAAUUUUAAGAACAAGGUCUUUAAAAAAUCCAGAGUCUGUGGAGUUUGCAAACAAACUAUUGACGGUCAAGGUAUUUCAUGCCGAGCCUGCAAGUAUUCCUGCCACAAGAAAUGUGAAGCCAAGGUGGUGGUUCCCUGCUGUGUGCAAGUCCAACUGGAACAGACUCCAGGGAGAUCUGCAUCGUCUGCCUCUCUCUGCUGUGAUAAGCCGUCCCGGUCCACAGUCCUGAGCCCCACCAUGGAGGACGUCCACGAGCUUGACCUCACCUAUAUCACUGAGCGCAUCAUUGCCGUGUCCUUCCCUGCCAGCUGCUCUGAGGAGUCCUACCUGCACAACCUGCAGGAGGUCACACGCAUGCUCAAGUCCAAGCAUGGGGACAACUACCUGGUAUUAAACCUUUCGGAAAAGAGAUAUGACCUUACGAAGCUUAACCCAAAGAUUAUGGACGUGGGCUGGCCGGAGCUGCAUGCGCCACCUCUGGAUAAGAUGUGCACCAUAUGCAAGGCACAGGAGUCCUGGCUGAACAGCGACCCCCAGCACGUGGUCGUCAUCCACUGCAGGGGUGGAAAAGGACGCAUAGGAGUGGUCAUAUCAUCCUACAUGCACUUCACCAACGUCUCAGCCAGUGCUGACCAGGCCCUCGACAGAUUUGCCAUGAAGAAGUUUUAUGAUGACAAAGUUUCAGCAUUAAUGCAGCCUUCCCAGAAGCGGUACGUUCAGUUUCUCAGCGGGCUGCUGUCGGGAUCAGUGAAAAUGAACACCUCGCCUCUGUUCCUACAUCUUGUCAUCCUCCACGGCUCCCCCAACUUUGACACGGGUGGCGUGUGCCGGCCCUUCCUGAAGCUCUACCAAGCCAUGCAGCCCGUGUACACGUCAGGCAUCUACAAUGUGGGUCCAGAAAACACCAGCCGCAUCUGCAUUGUCAUUGAGCCAGCCCAGCUUCUGAAGGGGGACGUCAUGGUGAAAUGCUACCACAAGAAGUACCGCUCGGCCACCCGCGAUGUCAUUUUCCGUGUGCAGUUUCACACCGGGGCUGUGCAGGGCUGCAGGCUUGUGUUUGGAAAGGAGGAUCUGGACAAUGCCAACAAAGAUGACCGUUUUCCUGACUAUGGGAAGGUUGAAUUAGUUUUUUCAGCCACGCCUGAGAAGAUUCCAGGGUCCGAACAUUUGCACAACGACCACGGAGUGAUUGUGGACUACAACACAGCUGACCCAUUGAUCCGCUGGGACUCGUACGAGAACCUGAGUGCGGACGGAGAAGUGCUGCACACACAGGGCCCUGUUGAUGGCAGCCUUUAUGCUAAGGUGAGGAAGAAGAGCUCCUCAGAUUCUGGCAUCCCAGGUGGGCCCCCAGUUGUCCCAGCCACCAGUAGCCCGGACCACGGUGAGCACACCCUAUCUGUGAGCAGUGACUCGGGCCACUCUACGGCCUCAAUCAGGACGGACAAGACCGAAGAGCGUCUGACUCCAGGAACCAAGAGGGGCCUAAGCCCCCAAGAGAAGGCUGAAUUGGACCAGCUGCUCAGUGGCUUUGGCCUGGAAAACUCCAGGAGCUCCCCCAAGGACAUGACUGAUGCCCGCAGCAAGUACAGUGGAACUCGCCAUAUAGUGCCAGCCCAGGUCCAUGUGAAUGGAGAUGCUGCUUUGAAGGACCGGGAGACGGACAUUCUGGAUGACGAGAUGCCCCACCAUGACCUGCACAGCGUGGACAGCCUUGGGACCCUGUCCUCCUCAGAAGGGCCGCAGUCAGCCCACCUGGGCCCCUUCACCUGCCACAAGAGCAGCCAGAACUCCCUCCUGUCUGACGGUUUUGGCAGCAGCACUGGUGAAGAUCAGCAGGGUGCCCUGGCCCCUGACCUGGGCCUUGGUGUGGACCCCUUGUACGAGCGGGAGCGGGCGUGCGGGAGCCGAGAGCCCCGGCAUCCCCGGCAGCUCCAGCCCCUGCUGAGGAAGCCCUCCAUGUCCGCGCAGAUGCAGGCCUACGGGCAGAGCAGCUACUCCACGCAGACGUGGGUGCGCCAGCAGCAGAUGGUCACAGCUCAUCAGUACAGCUUCGCCCCCGAUGGGGAAGCCAGGCUCAUCAGCCGCAGCUUGGCAGACAGUUCUACCCUUGUCCAGGCCCAGCCCGGGGUUCCGAUCACCCCCACCCGUGGGACCAGCAGCAGGGUGGCUGUCCAGAAGGGCAUAGGCACUGGCCCACCUCCCCCUGACACACAGCAAGCCUCUCCUGGCAAAGCGUUCAAACCCAGGCUUCCAGAUGACACCGUCGUGAAUGGAGCUGGCCUGGAGCUGGGCGCGGGCCCCUCCCCAGGCUCGCCCACCCUGGACAUCGACCAGUCCAUUGAACAACUCAACAGGCUGAUCCUGGAGCUGGAUCCCACCUUCGAGCCCAUCCCCACCCACAUGAACACUCCGGGCAGCCAGGCCAACGGCCCCACAGCUCCGAACGGCAUGGGAGGUGGGCUCCGGCCAAGCAGCAGGUUGCCUGACACAGGAGGGGGCCAUGGCAGGGCCUCUGGGCGACAAGGCUCCUCAGGUGACCAGCCACUGGGCGGAAGACUCCGGAAGCUGAGCCUUGGGCAGUAUGAUAAUGAUGCCAGCGGGCAGCUGUCCUUCUCCAAAUGUGCAUGGGGAAAGGCCAGUGUGGACCAAGCCCCAAGCCUGACGCCUUUCCCCUCUCCAGCUGAAGUCAAAGAGACAAGGAUCACCGCAUAUCCCCCAGACCUCGAUAUGAUCGACGGCAGGAUUUUAAGUAGCAAGGAAUCUGUGUGUACAACACCAGCAUUUCCUGUGUCUCCAGAAACACCGUAUGUGAAAACGCCCCCGCGCUAUCCUCCGUUCAGCCCACCUGAGCCCCAGAUGAGCAGCCCGUCCAGCCUUCACAAAGGAGGACGUGAAUCACGAGGCUGCCCUGAGACUCUCGGCCACACUGUGGGGAUGUCCGAGAGCCCCAUCGGACCCAAGUCCACGAUGCUUCGGGCCGACGUGCCCGCGACGCCCUCAUUUCAGCAGGCUUUUGCAUCUUCCUGCACAAUUUCAAGCAACGGUCCUAGCCAGAGAAGAGAGAGCCCGUCUUCUGCAGAGCGCCAGCGGGUGGACAGCAGCCCCAAGUCCACUCUCUCCCUACUGGGGAGCGGCCGGCCCACGGGAAGUCCCCUCGGCACCAGCGAGUUCCCCGGCCCCAGCAAGGACUCCUCAGUGUUAUCCUGCUUCCCACCCUCAGAGCUCCAGGCCUCUUACCACAGCCAUGAGCUGUCCCUGGUGGAGCCGCCAGACACUCUGUCCCCUCCGAGCAGCCAGGCCUUCCUGGGCUUUGGCACCAGCCUCAUGGGAAGUGGCCUUCCACUUAGGGAGGACCCAGGCGCCUUGCUGGCCAAUUCCCAUGGAGUGUCACCGGCUCCUGGUGCCCCGCUGACAGCAGCAGGGGCUGCCGACAAUGGCUUCCUGUCCCACAGCUUUCUCACGGCAGCUCCUGGACGUGGCAGCCAGCACAGUCCAGGCCUGCAGGGUGAGGGGGUGACUUUGGCCGGGCAGCCGCCCCUCCCUGAGAAGAAGCGGGCUUCGGAGGGGGAUCGUUCUUUGGGCUCGGUCUCCCCCUCCUCCAGUGGCUUCUCCAGCCCCCACAGUGGGAGCACCAUCAGUAUCCCCUUCCCGAACGUUCUUCCGGACUUUUCCAAGGCUUCAGAAGUGCCCCAGCCUUUGCCAGACAGUCCAGGUGAUAAACUUGUGAUCGUGAAGUUUGUUCAAGACACUUCCAAGUUCUGGUACAAGGCGGAUAUCUCAAGAGAGCAAGCCAUUGCCAUGUUGAAGGACAAGGAACCCGGGUCAUUCAUCGUCCGGGACAGUCACUCCUUCCGAGGUGCCUAUGGCCUGGCUAUGAAGGUUGCCACACCCCCCCCUUCCGUCCUGCAGAUGAACAAGAAAGCUGGAGAUUUGUCCAAUGAACUUGUUCGGCAUUUUUUGAUUGAGUGUACCCCGAAGGGAGUGCGGUUGAAAGGGUGCUCCAAUGAACCAUAUUUCGGGAGCCUGACGGCCUUGGUGUGUCAGCACGCCAUCACGCCCUUGGCCUUGCCGUGCAAGCUGCUCAUUCCGGAGAGAGAUCCAUUGGAGGAAAUAGCAGAAAAUUCUCCCCAAACAGCGGCCAAUUCGGCGGCCGAGUUGCUGAAGCAGGGGGCAGCCUGCAAUGUAUGGUACUUGAACUCUGUGGAGAUGGAGUCCCUCACUGGCCACCAGGCGGUCCAGAAGGCCCUGAGCAUCACCCUGGUCCAGGAGCCGCCCCCCAUGUCCACAGUUGUGCACUUCAAGGUGUCAGCCCAGGGUAUCACCCUGACAGACAAUCAGAGGAAGCUCUUCUUCCGGAGGCAUUACCCUGUGAGCAGCGUGAUUUUCUGUGCCUUGGACCCACAAGACAGGAAGUGGAUCAAAGAUGGACCUUCCUCAAAAGUCUUUGGAUUUGUGGCCCGGAAGCAGGGCAGCUCUACAGACAAUGUGUGCCACCUGUUUGCAGAGCACGACCCUGAGCAGCCUGCCAGCGCCAUUGUCAACUUCGUAUCAAAGGUCAUGAUCGGCUCCUCAAAGAAGAUCUGAGAGCCCCUAGCAGCUCGGACCCGCCAGACUUCUGUCAUUUCCCUCAAGACAGCAGUGGGGGAGGGCGGGGCCCCCAUUUCAUACCAGACUGAUAAUCCAGAGAGUCCAGGCCCAGGAGGGGACAAAGAAACUUCCAGCUCUACAAAACAGGGACAAACAACUUCACCAUGGAUUGGCCUUUCCUGAAAGUAACUUCUUAUCUGACAUAUCUCCGUGGCCAGGUGCGUUUUGAGUGGAAGCAGCUGGGCACAGGUGCACGGCAGGGUCAUGUGGGAAAGGGACAUGCAAGGAAACAGCAUGGAAAGCAUGGUGGCCCCUGAGUUCCUGGCACACCAGUAUUUGUGGGAGUGGACAGCCUGCUUGCAGGGUGCUGAGUGACCACUGCACCUGGCCAUGGCUGGAGCGCUUUCUGUCCAGCCCACACCUGAGGCAGCAGGCUCCCUCACCUUGGUCUUCCUGUGAUGGAGAUGAACCUAGGAAGGGGAUGCAUGUCUGACAAAGGUUCGUGCGGGUCAGGCCCUUCCAGAACACGGCAGGAACAGGAACGAGGGGACGGUGUGAUGUAAUGAGAAUGAGGGGGAGAAGCCUCCCAGCGUCGUGGGGGGGAGUGUGAUGUCAGAGAGAUGCCACCCCGCAUGUGCUGCCAAUUCCACGCCUCCUGCUCACAUCUGGUGAACUGGGCUGGAAGAGCCCCUGAGGACCCUGAGAGGAGAAAUGAAAAGAAGGAAGCAAACAUGCGAUUUCUAUAUAAUUUAUAUUUUACGUAUGCCAAAUUAUUUAUGAUAACUUGCCAUUGCUGUGCUGUACUGGUGUCAGAUGCUGCACGUGCCAAGCUAUGAUUUCAGGAGGGUGUGUGGUGGACUGCGGGUGACACUUGUGGGUCCCCUGUGUGUGGUGCUACCCAAAGGUGGUUUUGCCUCCAGCAGCCUCCCCGACACUUUACUUACUGGUCUCUCUUCCCGAUUGUGGCUGACACCCUUUCUGAUGGGGAAGGGCAAGGGAGGGAUGGAAAGUGCCUGGGUUUCAGCUCGGCAUCCCCCUCAUCAGCUUGUUUCUGGUCAUCUUCAGGCCUGAAGUAGCACGACCUAAAGCACCCCUGGCCUUCAUGAGCCCUCACUGUGCCAUGAGGCGACCCUGUGUGGUUAGGACAAGGAGAACAAGAAGGGAUCCCAAUACUACAGGCUUGAGCACCACUGUCCUGCCCCAUCUUGGUCACCGAAUCGGGUGCACUGUUCCAUGCUUCUAUGAGUAGUCCAGCACUGUGGUUCUCCCACCUGAGGCUGUCAGUGGUCAGAUGUUUGGGAGAAGCCUCUGAGCCUGGAACUUCUGCAGAGUGCGAGGUGUAGCUGGGCCACGUCAGGAUAAAGCCUUGAGCUCCUUCCCGCAUAGUCCAGUGCACUCUGGGGACGCACUGACUAUUCCCGCUGGGAUCCCUCUGGAAAUUCCCACCCUCCUCUGCUUUCAGAAGCUGGGGUUUGUGAAUCCUCUGCUUUAAAGUAAGGGGCAGAGGAAGACUUCAAGACAAGUAGAGUUGGAACCAGCAGGAUCACAGCGGGCAUUGUAUGUGCGUGCAUGAAAGCAGGGGGACCAUGCCACGUUUUAGCUCCUAUUGACACACCAAACCCAAGUGCCUCCUUUCUGUGCCAAAUGUCUGCCUUGGUCUUCGCGGACCUCCUUCCCUGUCACGCGUUGGCGUGGCUGUUUGAGAGAAUGUGCUGUCAUUCCCUAGUGGCCCUGAUGUCUUUGGUGGAGGCUUCUAGCAUUUCAGUUUUUCAUCCACUGCAGGAAUCUGGCCAAGGGGAGCAGAGGUUUGUGCUGUCCCCAAGAGGUGCCUCAUCCUGAGAUGGUUUAAACCCAAGUUUGACCCAAGCACCACAGCCAGGCCCUUUAUCCUUCUGAUGAAGGAAGAGGAGGCUUGUUUAGAAAUCAGAGCAAGGUAGGGGUGCAGCACUGAGAAGCACAGCCUGCGGUGUGCUGCAGAGACAUCAGGGCCUCCCGUGACGGUCAUCGUGGAGAGCAUUCAAGAAGCCACACAAAUGUGCUCUUUAAGCUGACUCACCAGGUGUGAUUUUUACUCAAGGUAAAAGUGGUCAAGGGCAUCAGGGAAUUUGCUCCAAGCAAAUAGUUCCCUUUGAGGAACCCAAGGAAGCCACUUUCCAGGGUUUCUGACAAGCCGGUACGACAGGUGUCUUUCUUCCAGGGCAGGGCGAGUCCAUGUCGUCACAGACUGCACUGUGGGCUCAGACACCGUGAGCAAGCCUUGCGGCCAACGCUAGUUCAGGCACUUGGGAGAAGGAACGUCUCCCAGGCAUCUUGCCUCUGGGGCAGCAGUUGGGCAGGAACGUCCUGUCCUGGGUUGUAAAUGCCGUGAGUUCACAGUAACUGUGCCUGACACACAUUAUAGCCAGGGUCCUAUUAACCUUCUCAUUAAAGACAUUGUUGUACUCCUCCAGUGUUAAGCUAUAGCCAUGUUAAAUGUCACCCUGCAUUUAUCCUCAGCAUCAGAGACCUUGUAAUGUCUCUUUAUCUGCCUUACCUAUUAGUGCAUAUUUUUACUUUUCUGAUAUUGUAAAGAAUAU